AUGAUUCAAGGAAAAUGGUGGUGCCACUUCGACGACGACAACUACGUGAACGUGCCCCGGCUGGUCCGGCUGCUGGACGAGUACAGCCCCACGCAGGAUUGGUACCUGGGGAAGCCCAGCAUCUCUUCGCCGCUGGAGAUCUUCCUCGAUAGCGCCAAAUCAUCGACGGAGGUGAACAAAAAGGUGACCUUUUGGUUCGCCACCGGCGGGGCCGGAUUCUGCAUCAGCCGGGCGCUGGCCCUCAAGAUGCUCCCGAUUGCCAGCAGCGGCAAGUUCGUUGCCAUAGGUGACAAGAUUCGCUUCCCCGAUGACGUCACCAUGGGUUUCAUCAUCGAACACAUACUUAAUGUUCCUUUGACGGUAGUGGACGCAUUCCACUCGCACCUGGAGCCGAUGGAAUUCAUCCGGCCGGAAACCUUCCACGAUCAGGUUUCAUUCAGCUACGCCCGGAUGAAGAACGAAUGGAACGUGGUCAAGGUGGACGGAUUCGAUCUGAAAACGGACCCCAAACGGAUCUACUCGCUACACUGCUAUCUGUAUCCGUUCUUCAGUAUAUGUCCUAAAACGAUCAAACGCAGAUGAUGAUGAUGGGGAGUCCCUCUCAAAAAAAACGAAGCACCAAACCAAAUUUUAUUCUAAACGAGUGGCCUCGAGACUAGCUCAAAAACACGAUCGAGGUACGACGAAAAUGGCUGUAUUUAUGAUUAUAAUACAGAUAAAGGAGAAGAAAGAGAAAGGUUUUUCUAGGAAACAACUAAACACUCUGACUGUGAUCAAAUUAUUAAGUGUUAUUUUUGUCUCUAAGUUUAAAACCCGCAACUAGGAUUAGUAGAACGCAGAAAAAAUAGCUAGAAAAAAAACAGAAAUCGGACACGACGCCGAAAAGUAUGCAAUCCACGAAGGCAGGUGAACAAAAAGGGCCUCGAGGGUAUUGAGGUUCUCUAGUCUUAAUUCACGCUAGAAAACUCUAGGAAAAAGGUUGAUCCAUACGAACUUUAAGUCAAAGAAAAAUUCGUUGGAUCGGUGGAAAAAAACAAAAAAAAACAAAGCAGCUCGUUUCAGGCAGCUUAAAAAUCGAGUUCUUCCUGUGUUAGUAAAUAAGUAGUAUAGUCCAAAUAAUUCAAAAUUCCGAAAACAAACAAGUUCUUUCCGUUAAAUACUUCGCCUCUUAUUUUAGUUCUUAAGAAAGGACUACCAUUGAUAAAGGAAGGCCGUACUAAAAACUAUACUUAUAGGGAACCUAUGAUAACAUAAUUUGCGCAAUAUUAAACUAGAAUACCGAUAUGUGAAUUCGAUGUGCUCGCAGAUGCUCGUUGAUGUAUACAGUUUGUUAAAUGCAAUAAUGAUUGGAACUGUACAUGACUAUGGCAAUCGUUAAUAAAUUGAAAAUGAAAUCAAA